GCAGCAUAUUAGCUUGAUUUGAACCUCCCCCUGCUACAGCCGGCAAGCAGCAAAAGCUGCAGAGACCAGCCUAUCAAUGGGACAGGGACGCCGUCAGUGAGUGAGGACUUCAUUGUUUGCCCGGAGGAGCUGCGUGCGGGAAAACUGAUUCUUUAAUCUGGUUUAUCCAUAAGGUCUCUACGUGUGAUUUUUGCUUAUUCAUCCUGAAACUUUCACUUAUGAUUGGCGAUUAUGGGGCCAACGUGUGGUUUCUCUCUGGGAAACAUCGUUUUGGUCCUCCUGCUGUUGUGUGAAGGGUCAGUUGGGCUCUACUUCCCCCAGAAUCUAUACAAGGAGACUGUGUACGUUGGGCAGUAUGCAGGCACACCCGUGCUCCAGGUUCACGCCAUGGUGGAGAGCGACUCUCAACAACCCCACUUCUACCUGUGGUGGAGCACCCUGAAGCCUCCAACCUAUGCCCCGUGGUUCCACCUGGAUGAGACCACAGGGAUACUCUCCAUGAAUAAGACCCUGGAGUGGAGUGACUUUGACUCUCGAUAUAAGUUUUGGAUACUGCCGCUGACUGUCAAGGCGGCGACCAGACCCGUGAAGAGUUUCCUCCAUGGCCUCCCUACCGUACGGGUCAGACUGACCUUCAUCAAUGACACAGUGCCACCGUGUGGCCAGACCAGACCAGAGCUGGAGAAUCUGUGCUUCCCUGACAAGGACCUGAACUCCCACAUUAAGGAGAACAGGUUCCCCGGGGCCAUCCGCCAGCUCAGACAGCUCACCAGGUUAAAUGUCUGCCCCAACUACACCAUCUCCUACAGUGUGGAAUCAGAUGUUCCAGCCCCAUUUGCUAUAAAUGACAGCACCACUGAGUUGAUAGUGACCGCUCCUUUGGACCGCGAGGAGAGAGAGACGUACAGUCCCGUGCUGGUCUGCACAGUGCAGACUGACACAAUGAUAGACAAGUUUUUUGUUACACUACAUAUCAACGUCUACGACGAAGACGACAAUGCGCCUUAUGUCAAUGAAACAGACACAGAGGAUGUGGUGCUUGAGUUUGAUCGCAUGGAGGGAAGUUAUUUUGGCAAUUUGUUUGUCUAUGAUAGAGACACAACACCCAGUUAUCCCGUAAACCAGAGUCAGAACAGAUUUGUCGGAUAUAUGAUGACCAAUGACUCAUGGAUAAAUGAAAUGUUCACCAUAGAACACUCUUUCAAAGAAGAGAAGGCCAUUUUUGGCAACGUCCGAGGCACUGUUCAUGAGUUCUGGCUUGCACUAAAGAAGCAUUUGUCUGUAACCGAGAAUAGGACCCUCCAGCUGGAUUACCUGGUCAAUGACACCACAUACCCCGGUCCAGAGGGAACUGUGAUGCUGCACUACAAUAUCACCAUCUUACCUGUCCCCAUCCGCUUCACCAAUGUGACAUAUCUCUUCACCACAACACGUAGAGCUAACGUCUACGCCCAGGUUGGUAGAAUCUGUGUGGACAACUGCCUGAAGUUCCGGGGCAUCAAUGUCAUAUACCGGCUAGCGGUAACAGACAAGACAGACAAAAAUGUGUCCGGCGACAUACAGCCAUGCUUCACGGCGAUUAGCAUCGCACAGAGCCUCAAGGACAUGGCGGGGGUGCUGUAUGUGAACGACACAGAGGUUCUCCGCAGGCCAGAGUGCCAGGACCUGCAGUACGUGGUCAUUGCUCAAGAGCAGCAGAAUCAGCUGCAGGCUAGCACUCAGAUCCUCAUUGUGCUCGAUAGCAAUAUUGACAAACAGGAUAUAGAGAACCAUUGGUUCCUCUCCUGUGCAGAGGGGAGACAGCGUGGGGACUGUGAGAACAUCAGAGGCCUAGGGGCUACCACAGGGAGGUGCCAAUGGAGACAGGGCUCUGAAAAAGGAAUAUCAGAAAGCUAUUCCACCUGCUCCCCUGACCUCCGCACAUGCCCUGAUGGCUUUUGUGAUGCAGUCGAAAGCAAAGACGCGUCAAUAUGUCCUCAGGAUUGCACAAUUGAACCCAUUAUCGGAGGUCAUGAGAAGGGCAUCAUGUCUGGCAUUAGAGCUGGCUAUGGAACCUGCUACUGCUACUCUGAAAAAUGCUUCUGUGAGAAGGAUGAUAUAGAGGAGGCCAUGUGUGACGACGUCUGCAAAACCAUCAUUGCCACCGCCGUGCUGCUCUCCUUCAUCGUCUCCAUCCUCCUGUCAUCCUACUUCAUCCAUCGCUACCACAAGAACUCCCCCAAGCCCCCCAUCGCCUCGGCUGAAAUGACCUUCCGGCGGCCCGCACAGUCCUACCCCAUCAGCUACUCUGCUAACAAUGUGCGCCGUGGCUCGUUGGACUCUAUGGAGAACCAAGUGGCCAUUGACACCUUCAAAAUACCUGAGGAUCCCAAAUGGGAAUUUCCACGCAAAAACCUGGUGCUUGGUAAAACCUUAGGGGAAGGGGAAUUUGGGAAGGUUGUCAAGGCGACUGCAUUCCGGCUGAAAGGAAAGGCUGGCUACACCACAGUGGCUGUGAAAAUGCUUAAAGACCAUGCAUCACAUAGUGAACUGCGUGACCUCCUGUCCGAAUUCACCUUACUGAAGCAAGUCAACCAUCCACACGUCAUCAAGAUGUUCGGAGCUUGCAGCCAGGAUGGUCCAAUGUACCUGAUUGUAGAAUAUGCCAAAUUUGGGUCACUGCGCAACUUCCUGCGUGAGAGCCGAAAAGUAGGACCCAGCUACAUGUCGGGCAACGAUGCCAACCGCAACUCGAGCUACCUGGAGAACCCAGAUGAGAGGGCACUCACCAUGGGCGACCUGAUCUCCUUCGCCUGGCAGAUCUCCAGGGGUAUGCAGUACCUGGCUGAAAUGAAGCUUGUUCACAGGGACCUCGCUGCAAGAAAUGUCCUAGUUGCAGAGGGGCGUAAGAUGAAGAUUUCAGACUUUGGUUUGUCCCGGGACGUGUAUGAGGAAGACUCUUAUGUGAAGAGGAGCAAGGGCCGAAUCCCAGUGAAAUGGAUGGCAAUAGAGUCCUUGUUUGAUCACAUUUACACAACACAAAGUGACGUCUGGUCCUUUGGUGUGCUGUUGUGGGAGAUUGUGACACUGGGCGGAAACCCCUACCCAGGCAUCGCCCCUGAACGCCUCUUUAACCUCCUCAAGACUGGCUACAGGAUGGAGAAACCAGAGAACUGCACUGAAGAAAUGUAUAAUCUGAUGCUUCGAUGCUGGAAACAGGAGUCAGACAAAAGGCCCAUAUUCGCAGACAUCAGUAAAGAACUGGAGAAGAUGAUGGUGAAAAACCGGGAUUACCUGGACCUGGCGGCAUCCACGCCAGCCGACGCCCUGCUGUACGACGACGCCCUCUCCGAAGAGGACACACCCCUAGUGGAUUGUAAUAACGCCCCUCUCCCACGAACCAUUCCCUCCACAUGGAUUGAAAACAAGCUUUAUGGUAGAAUUUCCCAUGCAUUUACUCGAUUUUAGAGACAGGAUACACAAACUCUUUUUUUUGACAUGUUGUGAUUGGCUUCCUGUAGACCGUGUGUGACUGUGAUCUAGGCAUGCUUCCUGAAAAAGUCUCCCAUUUCUUAGAAAAUGAGAGUCAGUGGAAAAAGAUCAUCUUGUGUCUGAUGAUUACUAUUUGGACCUGCUUCUGAUGUACAUGAAACCUGACCAAAGUAAUGACACAUCUGUAAAUAGUAAACAUUUCUAUAAUAACACUCCCUUAUAUGACAUAUUGUAAUCCACAUCCAUUCCCACAUAUGUAUAUGAUUAUUAGGACACUCAUACAUUUUGGAUGACAUAAACAUUCAAAACACAUUCCAACAUUCCACAUUGUUUGUAUUAAUUUGGAAAAUACUAUUCAAAAACAGUUUGACAUUUGAAACAGGUCCUUGCUGAAUCAAUCAUUAUCUAUUUCGUUUGGAUUCCAAACUGUUUUAAGUUAUCUGAAUUGUUUGUGUGUAUAUAGGCUACCUAUUAAGCAUAUAGAUUGUUUCUACAAUGCUGAAUAGAGAAACAGUAAGGCUUUUGAAUUAAACUCUUGGCUAACAUAGAUUAACAAUACUUUCUAAAAGUAUUUCAUAACAAAUUCCCAAACAAAUCCCACUGAUCCUAAGCACUUCCAGUUGAUAGUUCAUAAAAGUAUUUAGCAAUAAGAUGGCUGCCAGUGACAUAGUUACCAUGACUAACUUGGUGUCCAUGUAUCCUGUUACAGUGAUGCAAUUAUUGUAUCUGCUUUAUAUUGAGAAAACAAUUAUCAAUGGUGCAUGAGCCAAGGAAAACAUUUAGAGAUCAUGACAUACAUAAAUUAUCAAUAAUGUACCAAUAAUUGUUGUGUUCUUUUUCUUUGAAUCAUAUUUAAUCAAUCCAGUACAUUUUCUCAGUUAAACUGUACAGGAACUAUGGACAUCAUUAUUGUCUGUGAAGUGAUUUCUUCAUAGAAUUCUAAAUUGAUCAUCAUGUUAUCAGUAUCAUGUUCUUAUGUCAUAGUCAAACAUCAGUCUAUAAUUCACUUCUGUCAAAAAUGUAAAGGAAAAAAAAUGAGUUUCUUUUUGAGAGCCUUACUGUCUACACUCUACUUUUUCUUUACUCAGUGCAGAAAAAUGAUAUGUUCUCAUUUUUAGGCAUGUCAUACCCGAACUGGCCUGAGAAGAGCCCGGUACUGCUCAACAGACUUGAUGCCACUAACCCAGUCUUUACAAGAUAUGCCAAUGAUAG